GAUUGGGUUUGUCAGUGAGGUUUGUCUGCCCAUGGAGGACUGGCAUCUCAUCCACAGCUGAUGCCUUAAGUGUGGCUGUGAUGGGCUGGCAUCCAGUCCAGGGUGGCUAUAAAAGACUGGCAUCCCAUCCAGAGUUGGUUCCUUAAUUUAGUUUGUGACUUAGUGUGGCUCAAAUGGAUUGGCAUCCAGUCAAGGAAAGGAAAGAAGCCUUCCCAUGGUGCAGCAGGCUUUAACUCCUACAGUACAGCUGAGAUGGUAUAAUUAAUUGUAAGAGGGGUCCAAACUGCAGCAUCAGUGGGGGGUGCAGGAUCAUUCUUAGCUGAGCAGGGUGAAUUUGUAGGGUGGAGACAGAGAAACAAUUAAGGAGUGAACUUGUUGCGCUAUGUCAUGGUACCCGUACACUUAAAAAAAAAAGACCCCUUUUCCAUAGCAGCUUACAGCAAGACCACCUUAAGUCAAAAGCAGGGUCUGCAGUUUCACCAAACUAAUUCAAGAGGGACCUGAGCGAUGGCGGGCGUGACACAGAUCUGUUAUUUUGGUGUUAGCAGUGGGAUUGCCUUUUAUCGGAGGAGAGUGAAUUGAAGUCGGGGUGUCAGUAACAGCGUUCGAGGGGGCCACCUUUUAAAUCGAGCCGUACAGAAAUGCGACAGCCUUGAAGUAGAAGCGCUUGUGGCUUACCGUCCUGCGGGCUCCUUCCUUUAGCUCAGCCGACUAAACCUCUUUUCGUUUUUCGUUUUUUGUUUGUUUGUUUGUUUGUUUGUUUGUUUGGCGGCACGACUGGGCUGUCAUAGGCUCGAGUUCUAGAAGGGUGUGGCCGUGCUGACGAGACACCGAGCUGUUACAGAAUCGUGAAGACCGAUGCAUUUGUUUCGUUUCGUUUUUGUCCUCCGCCCCGUUAAUGUUCCCCUCCGUUUUAUUCCUGCUCCAUUCUUCUUCUUAUUCUUUAGUCUUACUCAUCGCCUAUCCCGACUCGAACCUUUCGCAGUGUCUUCUGGUGGCAUCAUCUUCUGUGGUCCUUGAGUAUGACGACGGUAAUGGUUUGUCACCACAGGAGGGCGCCUGUGCUCCAGCGCAGUGCACAGACUCGUCGCGCUAGCUCGCUCUCUCUCUCUCUCGCGCGCGCGUUCCCUCUCUCUCUCUCUCUCUCUCUCUCUUCCUUCAGAUCAGCGCUCGCCUGCAGCCUCAAAGCCCGGCGCAGCGCCCAGCCCGGCUCACUCUGAAGAUGGUCGGCGGUCCCUGCGCUCGCCGGCUGGCUCGCCGCUCCCGGUCCGCCCUCAUCGCGGCACUCACCGUGUUGCUACUGCAGACGCUCAUCGUGUGGAACUUCAGCAGCCUCGACUCGGGGGAGAGCCGGGACAGCGGCUCCAGCAACCAGGAGAAGCGAGACCGAGUCCGACUACGCGGCGGGCAGAGAGCCGCCACCAACAGCGCCGGCGAGCAGCCACCUUCACUGAGGAGAGGAGCCGCGCUUCACAAGGAGCAGCAGCCGGAUGGCUACUACUCCCACAGGCCCAAGGAGAAGAAGAUGCGCACUGACAGCAACAACGAGAAUUCGGUGCCCAAGGACUUUGAGAACAGCGACAACAGCAACUUUGGUGCCCGCUCCCAGCCCCAGAAGUCACCCUCGAGCAAGCACAAGGAGCGGCUCCGGGAGAAGGCACAGGCAGAGGACAGCCUGAUCCCGGCCAAGAGCUCCAACGAGGUCAUCCAGUACGGCGAGCGGAAAAAUGUGGUCCUGCGCCCCCCUGGGUGGAAUGUCACUCACCAUGAAGUCUCGGACAGCAGCAAAAGGGGUGCCAAGCAGCAGCAGCAACAGCAGCUGCAGCAGCAUAGCCAAAAGCCUCAGCUGGUACACCAGAAACAGCCAGGGCGGCAGGCCAGGACAGAAGGAGUCCCAUCUCCGACGGGCACCCACAUCAGAUAUGAGCAGCCCCCCAAAUGCGAGAUCUCUGGCAAGGAGGCCAUCUCGGCUUUGUCCCGUGCCAGGACCAAGGAGUGUCGCCAGCAGAUUGCCGAGGUGUACUGCCAGCACAAGGAGGGACGUCUGAUGCCAGACAAGGUGCCACGUCUGUGCCCUUUGGAAGGUAAAGCCAACAUCAACAUCCAGUGGGACGAGGACUCGGUGGAGGCUCCUGUGCAAAACCCUGUGCGGAUUGCGUUUGUAUUGGUGGUCCAUGGACGGGCAUCCAGGCAGCUGGCACGGAUGUUCAAAGCCAUAUAUCAUGUGGAUCACUACUACUACAUCCAUGUGGAUCAGCGCUCCAAUUACCUGCACCGACAAGUGGUGGCGAUCGCCGCCCAGUACCAAAACGUGAGAAUCACACCCUGGCGCAUGUCCACCAUCUGGGGAGGAGCCAGCCUGCUGACCAUGUACCUGCAGAGCAUGAAGGACCUGCUGAACAUGGCAGACUGGAAGUGGGACUUCUUCAUCAACCUGAGUGCGGCGGACUAUCCCAUAAGGACAAAUGACCAGCUGGUGGCCUUCCUGUCCAAAUACAGAGACAUGAACUUUCUGAAGUCACAUGGCAGAGACAAUGCCAGGUUUAUCCGGAAACAGGGACUGGACCGGCUCUUUUUCGAGUGUGACACCCACAUGUGGCGCCUUGGGGACCGCAAAAUUCCAGAGGGCAUUUCCGUGGAUGGCGGCUCCGACUGGUUCUUGCUUAACAGGAAGUUUGUGGAUUACGUCAUCAACUCGCAGGAUGCCCUGGUGACCAGCAUGAAGCGUUUCUAUGCGUUCACCUUGCUCCCGGCAGAGUCUUUCUUCCACACGGUCCUGGAGAACAGCCCUCACUGCGAGACCAUGGUGGACAACAACCUGCGCAUCACCAACUGGAACCGGAAACUGGGCUGCAAAUGCCAGUACAAGCACAUCGUGGACUGGUGUGGCUGCUCGCCCAAUGACUUCAAACCCAGCGACUUCCAUCGCUUCCAGCAAACGGCCCGGCCCACCUUUUUCGCCAGAAAGUUUGAGGCAAGUGUGAACCAGGAGAUUGUGACCCAGCUGGACACCUUCCUCUUCGGUGCCCUGCCCGUGGGCACACUGGGGCUUAAGACCUAUUGGGAGAACGUCUUCGACAGCCCCGAUGGGGUCCACAGCAUCUCGGACUCCCAGCUGACACAUUAUCACGCCUUCAUACGCAUGGGACUCGCCAGGGCAGCCAGCUCACUGCAGGGGGACCCCGGUGACAGCCGUUGCAGGUAUCUCCCAGCAGGGCAUCCCGUGUCAGUCCAUUUGUACUUCUUGUCUGACCAUUUCCAAGGGUAUCUGGUGAGACACCAGGCCACCAACCUGGCGACCAGCAAACAGGAGACCCUGGAGACCUGGGUGAUGCCCAAGAAGGUGUUCAAGAUCGCCAACCCACCCAGCAGUUUGGGUCGGCUGCAGUUUGUGGAGAUUGGAACAGAAUGGGAUGCCAAGGAGAGAUUGUUCCGGAACUUUGGCAGCCUCAUCGGACCAAUGGACGAGCCCGUGGGCAUGCAGAAGUGGGGGAAAGGAGCUAAUGUGACUGUCACCGUGGUCUGGGUGGACCCCACCAACGUGAUUGCAGCCACGUAUGACAUCCUGAUCGAAUCGAACGCCGAGUUCACCCAUUACCGCCCCCCCCUGAACCUCCCCCUCCGCCCAGGAGUCUGGACCAUCAAGGUGCUGCACCACUGGAACCCCGUCGCGGAGACCCGCUUUCUCGUCACUCCGCUCGCCUUUAACAACAGGAAGCCCAUCCUGCAAGAAGAUGCACUCAAACUGCACAACGGACCCGCCAAGAACAGUUACAUGGACCAGAGCUUCCACGGGCUCAACCCGGUGCUGCACAUCCCCGUCCACCUGGGCCAGGUGGAAGCCGCCAAGCGCAAUGCCGGACUCACUGGGAAGGAGCUGGAGCGCUGGGUGGACAGUCUGGUGGCCUCGCUCUGGUCAGCCAUGGAUGUGUGCGCCGCGGGCCCCACCGGCUGUCCGGUCAUGCAGGCCUGCGGCAAAACCGUGUGGAGCUCCUUCAGCCCCGACCCCAAGUCCGAGCUCGGCCCGCUCAGACACGAUGGGCGCAUCAGGUAGCGGCCACUGCUGGACAGGAGGCUUUCCUGCUAUUUAUUUUUUUAAUUCCUAUUACUGUUUUUAUAAAACAUUACGGCUUCUUUUUAAGAAAAAAAAAAGCAAAAAGAUUUAUUUAAAUUUUUUAAAUGAUGCCAACGAUGGGGAAGGCUGCUAAUGUGAGUUUAUUAUAUUAGUACUCUCCGCAGUCCAGCAGACUUUGGUUUGUUUUUCUGCUGUGCCACGUGACUGUGAUCACAUGCUGAGUGGCCGCCAUUGACUCUCCUUUACCCGUCUGCUGCCCUGCAUAUGGCGGUGCCAGCUGGACAGUGGGGGUCCGCGGCCGCAUUCGCACUGCAGAGUGGCACACAGUCGAGUCUCAGCAGUUCAGUGGGCUCGGGGACCCUCAGUCUGGACAUUUUCUAGAGGUUGGAGGAACUUAGUGAGGAACUUGGACCCCUCCGAGCACCAGUUAGUCCUGCGGCUUUGGCUUGGUGGUCCAAGGCGACCCAAAGCCCCUCCGCAUAUCUGUUAGUGGGAUUCACACGGGAAUGCGGACCUCAUCUAGUGUGACGUGGCUACUGGGUGUGAGGGGAGGGAGGCCCCCCCCACCCCACUUGAUGACUUCAGCACAUUCUGCUGGGGCCCCAGUAGGCGGCGCUGUUGUCAAAGGUCAUUAAGGACCCUGCGCAGGACCCGUGUGGCACUUGUGGUUGUGUCAUUUGUCGAUUAGCAGCCUUCCCACCAACUCACCGUAGGGCGAAAUUCCUUCAUUAUGGUAAUGUAUGGAUUUGUACGGAUGCCACAAGUUUGGCCACAAGUGCAACCACAAGACGUUUAUGUCUCAAAAGAAAGAAAAACGGGGGGAGGCCAUCGCAUCGCGUCCCUGUCUGAAGAAAAAAAAAGGGACAGACAUGGGGUUGCUGUUUGUUUGUCAAUGUGAGCGCGACAUGCGUGUGUGUGUGUGUGUGUGUGUGUGUGUGUGUGUGUGUGCUUAUAUAAUACAUCCAUGUGUGCACUAAGAGUGAGUGAGAGUGAGGUGCCAGAGCACUUAGGACCUGACAGUGUGUGUGUGAGCAGAGCCGGCCAGCCAAAUGGGGUCUUGGCAGACAAUGUGUGUGUGUGUGUGUGUGUAUUGUCUAAUUGAAAUGUGAGACCAUAUGCAGAGGCACACAGUCAGCUCCACAUGCAUGAUGUUCAUAAUGUGAAAGGCGCCCUGUGCGGGCCGAGCGCCUCACCUGCACUUCUCAUGUGAACCCACAAAGUCAAAACGAAAAAACAAACUGAAAUAAAGUGGAGCGGCUUCAUCUGCUAACCCCAAAUUUAAUAAGAGAAUUGACAAGUGGAUAGAUAGAUAGAUAGAUAGAUAGAUAGAUAGAUAGAUAGAUAGAUAGAUAGAUAGAUAGAUAGAUAGAUAA